GCACAUGGAGCCGCCGCCUCAGAACCACAGCGCGUCCCUGCUGUUCAACGCCUCCUCCGCAGACUGGGAGCUGGUCCUCGCCGCCAUCCCCCCCUACGUCCUGGCGGUGGCGCUGCUCGGCCUGCCCGCCAACGCCUUCGUGCUGGGCGUGUUGGCGCUGCACCGGGACCGCCUGACGGUGGCGGAGCUCUACCUGGGCAACCUGGCGCUGGCCGACUUCGCCCUGCUGUGCGGCCUCCCGUUCUGGGCCGUCAACGUGCUCCGCGGCUUCGACUGGCCCUACGGCGACGCCCUGUGCAAGGCCGUCAACGCCGCCGCCACCCUCAACUUCUACACCAGCGUCUACACGCUGGUCAUGAUCAGCGUGGACCGUUACCUGGCGCUGGUGGAGCCCAUGAGGGCCCGGUGGCUGAGGCGUACGCUCUACGCCAAGGUCGCCUGCGGCCUCCUGUGGGCGCUGGGGCUCCUGCUGAGCGCCCCCACCCUGCUGCACAGGAGGGUGGUCUACGUGGAGGAGUACGGGACCACGUCCUGCGUCCUGGACUUCCAGCACGGCAGCCCCUGGAAGGUGGCCCAUCAGGUUCUGCUGAACACGGUGGGCUUCGUGCUCCCGGUGGCGGUCAUAGUCCUCAGCAGCGCUAAGAUAGUGAAGGCUCUGGUUCAGCGGCAGGAGAGCGUGAGUCUCCACGACCCCAGCGACACCAGGGCCGCGGUGCUGGUGUCCGCCGUGGCGCUGCUCUUCGUCCUCUGCUGGGGUCCGUUCCAGGUCGUCACCUUCCUCGACACGCUCUACGACGUGCGGGCGCUGGACGAGCGGCUGUGGUCGCGCGGCCUCGACGUCGGGCACCAGGUCUCCGUGUAUCUGGCCUUUCUCAACAGCGCCCUGAACCCCCUGCUCUAUGUCUUCUCGGGCCAGUACUUCAGGAGGAAGGUGAGCGCCAUCUACAGGCGGACCAGGCGGCGGCGGCGCCGGGGCUCGGACGUGACCGCGUGUCAGCGCUCCGUCGUGUCCACCUACAUCAACAGGACAGACGCGAUUAAGGCAAAGGAUAAUGUGUGACAUGCUCUCGACAUCCUCCUGUUGCUGCUUUGUGAUGUGUGUGUUCUGUCAUUAAUGUCAUUAAUGUUGGUGAAUUUCUGUUUUAGUAUGAGAUCGAAUUCUACAUUUGAUUGGAUAAAUUGUAUAAACAUAUUUAUCAAAAUGCUAUUUAUCAUAUGAUCACAAAAUGAUUUAAAACAUUCUAAAAUCACUGACUGUGUAGAACCAAAGCAGGAAUAAAUGUACUAUCUGCAGGUCCGAA